UCAGUCGACUGCCAGAGAAGCAAGAAAAAGAAAGUAUAUUUAUGCUCUUGUUUUGCUGCCCGACUGCGCCGUCAAACAAAAGGAAUAGCAUAUUUUCGCUUCUGCUCAGGAGAUAAUAAAAAAAGUACAUCUCGAAUAAAGUUGCCGUAACUGACACAAGCUGGGUUCAAACAUCAUUUAGCAGGAUAAGUUCGUGUUGCGUACAAAGGUGGCCCACUUAGUUGGUCUUUCAAAAUGUUUUCUUUUUUUCACAAAUACGUAGCCUGUAUUCGAGAUUAUUUGAAUUGGUACGGCCGUGCAACACACAUGUCCGCCCACAAACUGGGUCGCUACUUUCCCGCAUGAUGUCGGGCCAGUUAAAUGAGGAGGUUGGACGAAUGAAAAUGGAGCUUUUUGCCGACGUAGUUCCCAGGACCACGGAAAACUUCAGGCAAUUUUGCACUGGAGAGUACAAGAAGGACAGUGUGCCGAUUGGCUACAAAGGCUCCACGUUUCAUCGUGUCAUCAAGGACUUCAUGAUCCAGGGAGGCGAUUUUGUUAACGGUGACGGUAUGGGAGACAAGUAUAUAUAUGGUGGCGCCUUCCCCGACGAGAACUUCCAGAUGAAGCAUGAUGCCGCUGGCUUGCUGUCCAUGGCCAACAGUGGCAAAGAUACCAAUGGUUGCCAGUUUUUUAUUACGUGUGCACGAUGCGACUUUCUUGAUGGGAAACAUGUUGUGUUUGGUCGUAUCCUUGAUGGUUUACUGGUCAUGCGGAAGAUUGAAAAUGUUCCCAUCGGACCCAACAACAAGCCAAAAAUUCCCGUUAUCAUCUCACAGUGUGGUGAAAUGUAAACUUGUGCCAGUUAGGACAUGUAAAUACAUCUUCAAGCCCUGUGGCACACAAAGCUCGCAAAAGUGUGUCGUUCAAAGGCUUUUCUGAAAAGGAGGACCCAGCACUGGAACACAGUGACACAUGCGUCUACACGCGUACAAUGUGUCUGUAAAGUCAUGGUGCACUUUUGACCGGUCACAGGAAAUUAACAAAAGAAGAUAGAAAUGUGAAAUCUUCACUAACUAAAAGGAAAACUCUCCAAGUUUCAUACCUGUUCAGUGCAGUUCGAUGUGGCCUCCAUUUGUUGCCCUACACACAUCUAAACAAUGUGUGGCGGCGCUUCGUUGUACACGCGACAAUAUUCACGUUGCACUUUAGUCACGGAUUCAAAUUUAGCAAGCCACAGAACACACUGAACUUUCCUCUGUACCGUCACAUUUCGACUGGCGUGAGCUGAUCUGCUGCUGCGCAGUUCGUGGUGCGUCAUCACCCGUGUGUGCACACCCUGGAACAUCAUACUACGGAAACGUGGAGAGUGUUCCUUUUAUUUGGUGAAGAUUUCACAUUUAUAUCUUGUUUUGUUGCUCUCCUGUGACCGGUCAAAAGUGCACCAUGACUUUACGGACACACUGUACAUAGAUCAGUGAGAAAAAAUGCAGCUGUUCCAGUGUAUGGCCACUCUCUCACUGUGGCUGUUAAUCUGUGUUGCACUUGGAGAAAGAACUUGCACAAUUUCAUAUUGUGCUUGUAAAAUGCACCAGUUGUCUCCUUGCAGCACCGUGUGUUAUUUGCUACAAAUGGCAAACUAAGAUGCUUUUGAAACAAUGUGCAUAUCAUUCUUGGUUCACCAGUCAAACACCAUUUUACUGCUUCAUAUUUGGCAUUUUCAGUUAUUUUUGUGAUGGCAUUCAGCUAGUUUUCGGCAAAUCUGUGUUUGUUAUUGGCCACCUUCAAAUUUUUUGUUUACAUUUGGAAAUAAUGAUGAUAAAAUACCUGCUGGGACCCAUAGCACCCACCACACUGACUCAUUUUAUGUGGUAUUCUGCUCCUGAAUCAGAAUGUGAAAUUUUGGGUUUCGUUUUCCGACUACUGCAGGCAAGCACAAGAUUGUGAGCUUCAUUUUGGCUGCUACAGCCAUGUUUCAAUGAAGUUGGAAUGAAAAAAAGAAAAUGCUUGUGUACUUGGAUUUCGGUGCACAUUAAUGAGUCCCUGCAUUGUUUGGGAACAUUAAGUCCAAUGAAUCAACCAUAUUUGUCAACGUAAAGGCCAUAUCUAAUGCAGUCUUCAUUGUGCAUUGAGGUGCUAGACAAAUGGGGGAGCAAGAUAGUGUGGAUCUUAUAGUAAUAAACAGUGACAAUGCU